AUGCUUCCCAUCCAUGUCAAAGAAACCAUUGACUCACUUCAUCUACUGGUUGAAAACUACCAGAGAAAUCAGUUAAAUGACACAGAGUACCAGAAAUGUGGUGAGCUGUUCCUAGAAGUGGAUGACAGAACCAACCUUGCAAGGAGAAUGAGAGCUGCAGCAGCAAAUGAAUUAACACCAGAAUCCUUUCUUGAACAAACAGGAAUUCCACUGAUCUAUGAUCUGAUACAGGAAAUUGAGGAUGCUUUCUGUACAGGAUCUGCUGUCCUUCCAUCAUUUGGUAUACUGGAUCCACAUAAUCUACCAGACACUGUGCAGGAACUUUUGGAUUACAAUCAGGAGAGCAUAAACAGGUUAGUUGAGUUUUAUGGAACUGCAAAAGACGACACAUUCCUUGGACACAGAGUCCAGGUUCGAGCACAGUUUGACCCUGUGGCCCUCAGGACAGAGCUUGAAAAUUUUAAGCGACACCUUUUCAUUUUGAGGAGAAGAGGAUGCACAACUAUUCAAAGCGUAUACAGGGAGUUUUGUCAGGAUGAUGUCUUGAGAGACUGCUUUCCUCUGAUAUAUCAUCUGUAUUACCUGGCUUUGAUUAUUCCAUCGUCAACAGCUGUGGUAGAAAGGGGAUUUUCGCUUUUGUCAAAUAUUAUCACCAAAAAAAGAAACAGGCUCACUGAACAAAACACAGAUGCAUUAAUGAGGAUUUGUCACCGGAACAAAGAGUUAUGCGAUGAAAAUUUAGAGAAACUUGUUGACAACUUCAAAGGACUAAGAAAAAGAAAAUUACAAAUGUAG